GGAGGCUCCUACAGAAAGCAACCUCUGCCCAGGACGUUGCUGAGGACAGGAUGAUGGCCAGACCAUACUGUGUGGUAGUCGCCCUAUUGCUGCUGGCAGAGGUCUCUGGGUUCAAAGAAGGGGCAUCCAAUCCUGGGUUCGUGGCCAGAAUCACCAGAAAAGGCCUGGAAUAUGCCCGCCGAUUCGGAGUAGCCAUCCUGAAGAAGGAGCUGUCCACAAUCAAGUUGCCUGAUUUCUCAGGAAGCUUCAAAGUCGGCUGGAUUAAAAGUGUGAGCUAUGACUUUUACAGACUGAAGAUCCAUUGCUUUGAGCUCAGGAACUCGGAUUUGAGGCUGCGCCCAAGGCAGGGGGUCAGAGCCUCCCUGUCCAAUAACUACGUGUUUGUCAGUGGGAACUGGAAGGUGAAAAAGGCUUUCAUCACCCUAGCUGGUACUUUCGAUGUGAAUGUGGAUGGCAUCUCUAUCUCAGUCUCUCUGAACUUGGGCAAGGACCAGUCUGGACGGCCCACUGCCUCCGUGUCCCACUGCCACAACUCCAUUGGCCACAUCAGCGUUGACAUUUCCGGACAGCUAAGCUGGAUCCUGAACCUCUUCCGUGAAAGAAUUGAAAACAAUUUCAAAAAUAUCUUGGAACAAAAGAUCUGCGAAAUGGUCAGGAAGUCAACCACCUCUCACCUGGAGCCCUAUCUCCGGACUCUGCCAGUUAUCUCAAUGAUUGAUCAGGUUGCCGGCAUUGACUACAGUUUAGUCGGUGCUCCCCAAGUGACUUCUCAAGUCCUAGACACACCCUUCAAGGGUGAAUUCUUUGGCCAAAACUGGCACUCCCCAGCCCCCUUCGAUGCUCCACCAAUCAGGCUGCCCAAGAAACACGACCACAUGGUCUACUUUGCUGUCUCUGAAUAUGUCUUCAACACAGCCAGCCAGGUUUACCACCAGGCUGGGCGCAUGAACUUCACCAUCCAAAACCACCACAUUCCGGGGGACUCUCCAAUCCACCUGCACACCAGUUCAUUCCGGGCCAUUAUUCCUCAGCUGGCCAGGUUGUACCCCAAUAUGGAGCUAGAGCUUGAGACGUCACCUGCAUCAGCUCCAUUCCUGACGUUCACCCCUGGGAGUGUGACCUUCACGCCGGUGAUAGACAUCCAGGUCUUUGCUCUCCUGCCCACCUCCUCUGACCGCAAGCCACUCUUUCAGCUCAGGGUGACAACGAACAUCUCCGCCACCAUCAAUGUGAACUCCGACAGGAUUGUUGGUUCAGUGACCACAGGAAGUAAGCUGAAAUUGGAACUGAAACACUCCAACAUCCGUUUCAUCAACGUGGAGCUGAUGGAAGCCAUCCUCAAUUACUACGCGCUCCACACAUUAUACCCCUCUCUCAACGCAAAGCUUGAGGAGGGCUUCCCUCUCCCUCUGCCCAGGGACACCCACCUCAACAGUUUGGAGCUCCGAGUCCACGAGAACUUCUUGCUCUUGGGGGCCAACCUUGAUUAGGCUGAACACUGAGGAAGGAGCAGCGUGGCUAGAGGAGGGGAUGACACCACAGCUGGGCCUGCCCCUGCCCCUGGGGGGGUCCGGAGGUUGCGGUCACUCUGCCUCCACUCCCAUGAGGACCUCCUCCACGUGGACACUCAUCACCGGGGAUCCUGGGAUACCCGAACACACGCCUGACCGUGGGACGCCUUCCCCACCUUUCUCCUCCUCCUUCCUGUGCCCUUUCCUGUCCCCUUCACAGCUGUCCUUAGCCUUACUCUGGGCAGCCUCUAGAAUAAACUUCAGUGAGCCGUGUCCAGUCACCACAGAGCUCAAAGCACCCUGCUCAGCAUUAAACAUGAGCUUAGUCGUACGUGUCCUUUGUUGUGGUUACAGGAGCAGAAGUGAGACAACGUGCGCUUAAAGCCUUGUGUUGCCAUGUCCUUGGUGCAUAAUAUUUAUCGAGAUGGGAGCAGAGACCACCCAGCCGCUAUAUGAGUUCCACAUUUAUUCAACAAACCUCGAUCUCAAUUUGCUAGUUGAUUGUUCGGCACUGGCUUCUGUCUCUGGGCUUGGUGCUGCAGGAGGAGGGGGUCAAAGAGAAGAAAACACAUGGUCUCUGCCUUCACCGAGCUUACGGCCAAAAACGGGGGCCGGAAGACUUUUUCUAUAAAGGGCCAGAGAGCAGAUCUUUUAGGUUUUUACCACACAUCUAGUCUCCGUCGGGAAUACCCCUCAUGGCCGCUGUAGCAGAGAACAGCCAGCCAGUGAGCAAGUGGGCAUGGCUGUGUCCCAAUAAAACUUGGUUUGCAAAAACAGGCAGCAGGCCAGAUCCAAGCCACGGGCCACGCUGUGCCCACCGGUGGUCUAGAAGAACAAAUAGGGGGCGCCUGGGUGGCUCAGUCGUUAAGCGUCUGCCUUCGGCUCAGGUCAUGAUCCCAGGGUCCUGGGAUCGAGUCCCACAUCGGGCUCCCUGCUCUGCAGGAAGCCUGCUUCUCCCUCUCCCACUCCCCCCCUUGUGUUCCUGCUCUCGCUAUGUCUCUCUCUGUCAGAAAAAUAAAUAAAAUCUUUAAAAAUAAAUAAAUAAAUAAAUAAAUAGAAGAACAAAUAGGAUUUAUGCCGUGAAUACAAGCCUGGUUUUCAAUUAGGAGAUGUGCUAACCUAUCCUACCUGGUCACAAGAGUAAUAAAGAGCACAAGCUGGAGGCAAGUCUGGCCUGCUUUCAAAUCAUGGCUCCCUCUCCUUGGCUCUCUGCGAUUUAUGAAAUCUUUCUGAACCCCCGGAAUCUUCA